AUGGAGAACGAGGUAGAAAAACCGAGAAACAGAUUGGAACGAAUGUUCCAAUGGGCUGAGCUGCCAGAACGUGAAGAUAUCUACACAUGGAAGGGUACAACCAAAUGGGGUAACCACGAUCUUUAUCCCAUCGACAAGUCAGAAAGAACUUAUGGAUGGAUGGGCUACUUUACUAUCUGGUUUUCCCAAGGAAUCUCUAUUUCCUCCGUCACCCUCGGAUCUGCAUAUGUCGCAUAUGGACUUAGUGCAGGAGAAACUCUGGGUGCAGUUCUGGGUGGUACGAUCAUUGCAAGUGCUAUUGCAUGGUUAUGUGCAAGACCUGGAAUGGAUUAUCACAUCGGUUAUACCGUUUGGAACAGAGUUGGCUUUGGAAUGAGAGGAACAUAUAUCCCAAUGGGUGUUGUUGCUCUUGGUGGAAUGGUCUUCGCAGGUAUCCAAGCCUACUAUGGCGGACAAGCCGCAGCCAUCGUGCUCUCCGCCAUAUUUCCCACUUUCCACUCCAUGGAAAACACUCUCCCAGAAUCAGCCGCCAUCACUACCAAGAACCUCAUCGGCAUGAUCGUCUACACCGCAAUCUUCCUCGUCAUACUCUGGUUCACCCCACCACACAAGUUGAAACGCUGGCUUUACCCCUCGGCGCUGAUCGUCAGUGCAACAUUCGUGGGCAUCAUCGCAUGGGCUGUUCACACCAAUGGAGGCAGCCCUGGUGAUCUCGUCUCCGGGACACUUGCGAUUAGUUCGAGCCAGCGGGCUUUCAGGAUUAUCCAAUGCAUAAGCAGUAUUUCAGGUUCAUAUGGUGGAGCGGCAGACAGAAUAUCAGAUUGGACGAGAUUUGAAAAGAAGAGAGGUGCUUCGACACCUGCGAUGUUGUUGGCGAUGCCGUUUUCUAUCACCCUCGUGGCUUUGAUUGGUGUGGUGCUUGCAACAUGCACCGACCAGAUCUAUGGUAAAGUUAUUUGGAAUCCGCUGGUGCUUCUCUCGCAGAUUCAAACCGACACCUACACUGCAAAAUCGAGAGCAGGCACGUUCUUCGCUGGCGUGGGGUUGUUGUGUAGUCAAGUCUUCAUCCAGAUGAGCCAGAACACGAUUCCUUACGGCAUGGAUGUCGCAGGUUUGUUCCCAAGAUACGUGUCCAUGAAAAGAGGUGCUGUGUUUUUGACACUAGCCGUAAUGCCCAUCAAUCCCUGGAGAUUUCUGAGUCAAGCAUCUAUUUUCGUCACAAUCUUAUCCUCAUUCACAGUGUUUCACGCAGCCCAAACACCAAUAAUCUUGUCUGAUUACUGGAUCCUGCGCAAGUCACUCUUGAAGCUUCCAGAUUUGUACACUGAGAAUGGUGUUUACUGGUACUCGAAGGGCUGGAACAUGCGAAUGCUCUUUGCACUUAUUGUCGGCAUGAUCCCCGCACUUCCAGGAUUCUUCAUUACGGUCAUCAAAGGACCUAUCGAUCAUCCUGCGGUCAAAAUGUUUCAGAUAUCCUGGUUCAUUGUAGCACCUCUCUCCCUAAUACUAUACAUGGGCGCCUGCUACAUCUGGCCUCUUCCAGGUCUAGGUGUUCAGGAGUUCAUCAAUCCUGAGGAUAAUCCCAGAGUCCAAGCAGUUAUCGAUGGUCAAGAACUUGCGACGCACAAGUCUGCAGAUGGAGACAAGAAGGGUGGAGAAGAGAACACGCACGAGCUUUCUAAUAAGUCGAGCAGUGAUAAUAUGAGCUGA